AUGGCAGGCGUAACAGCAGGCUUUUACCGAAUCCCUGAAUGGAAUCACCACCAUCAAGGCUUACGGAAUGAAGGCGAAGUCAAUAGUCAAGCACUGUCGCCUGCUGGAUCACAAGACUCGGGCUCAUUACUUGACCACUGUCAAUCAACAAUGGCUUUUGGUUGGAAGGAUUUGGCUCGAUCUUGGUGUUCAUUGUCGCGAUUAUCUCUGUCGCACAAGCUGGCUCGAUUAAUCCGAGUCAAAUUGGCCUCAUACUCACUGAUGUUCAAACGAUCUCCCUAUGUACCAGCUCAUCGGGAGGGUUUCCUCCCGAUGAACUGGUUUCAAAUCCAGCCCAUCGGGAUUAAACCCUCCCGAUGGGCUGGAUUUAAAAUGUUACAAGAAGAUGGGAUUACGUGA